UUAGGUAGGAUGAAACUCUGCCUUAUUUUGCUGGUUGUUGCAGUCAGUGCAGAAGAAAUCCAAAAACAGAACAGUUGCAUUGAAGGGUUUCCAGGAAUGCCUGGAAGCCCUGGACACAACGGCUUACCUGGCCGAGAUGGCCGAGAUGGAACAAAGGGAGAAAAAGGAGACCCAGGUGAGGCAGGACACCCAGGGAAACCAGGCAAAGAUGGUAUAAAUGGAGAAAGGGGAGAACCAGGAGCUGAUGGCAGAGUCGAAGAGAAGGGGAACAAAGGAGGCAAAGGGGAAAGAGGCUGGCCUGGGAAAUUUGGACCCAAAGGAAUUCCUGGCCCUGUGGGUGACAAAGGUCAAAAGGGCGAGCUAGGGUUACAAGGACGAAAGGGGAUAAAAGGGGAUGUCGGUCCCAUUGGCCCUCAAGGAAUUAAAGGUGAAAUUGGAUUCCAAGGAGAUAUAGGUCUGAGGGGUCCCAUUGGGCCCAUGGGUCAUCUUGGUCCUAAGGGAGAAAUUGGAGGCCCGGGGCCAAAAGGCAGUAAAGGAAUUCAAGGUGAAAAGGGCUGGAAAGGGGACAGGGGAGAAAAGGGGGACCUUGGUGCGACCCCCAUCAUCCCGAGAAGUGCCUUCAGUGUGGGUCUCACUGCUGCCACCAAGCUUCCCCCUUCCAACAUUCCCAUCAGAUUUGACAAAGUGAUGUACAACGGCUUGAAUCAUUAUAACACCGCCACUGGGAAAUUUACCUGUGUGGUCGCUGGUGUCUAUUAUUUCACCUACCACAUCACUGUUUAUUCAAGGAACGUGAGAGUUGCUCUGAUUAAAAAUGGGAUCAAGGUGCUCCAUACCGUAGACAGAUACCAGGGGGUUGAAGACCAGGCCUCAGGAGGAACAGUCUUGGAGCUCCAGCAAGGCGAUCAGGUGUGGUUGCAGCCCCACGGAGGUGAGACUUACAAUGGGUUGUAUGCAGAUCCAGACGAUGACACAACCUUCACUGGCUUCCUUUUGUUUAGUACUACUCCUACAGAGAUGCCAGAACCCAUUCCACUCUUAAGCACAUGA